CCGCCACCGCGUAUGGACGUAUGCGCGUAACCCCCACCACACACGACAAUUCCUAAGUUUUCCCCGCUAGAAAACCAAGUGAAAUAAAUCUAGUUUAUCACCUGUGGACAACUUACUCGUGGAAUUAAUUCUGCUUAUCUAGCAGUGUAAAAGUAAAGACACGGAUCCGGUCAUUCAGCGGCGCGAGCAGCAAGCGUGGAGCGGGCAGCGCGGACCGCGCGGGUGCGCAGGCGCCGAGCGCGGCUGACGAGACCAGCGGGCAUGCUGCGCCGGAGGACGCCGCCAUGAACCGCGAGAACGUCUCCAACAAGAUCGCUGCCGGCAUGGACCGAUGGCAGAAUACAUUGGAAGACAUGAUAAAUCUCCGGUCCUCCAACAACCAAGUAUUUAAGGACAAUUACUGGGCUCAGAACGGUUUCGAUGAGCUCCGUCGUUAUGUGAAGCAAGGCAGUGAUUUCAGCAAGGAGCUAGCUGCUAUACUUCAAGAAAGGGUAGAAGCAGAGAACUACUACUCGAAAUGUCUAGCGAAACUUGGCACCAAGUUGAGCAAAGCAUGCAAGGAGAGCGUCGGGUCCUGCGCAGAGGCAUGGAAGCAUGUCGCCAUAGAGAUGGAGAAAAGAGCUGAAAUUCAUAGGUCAUAUUCCAGUGCUUUAGCCGAUGAACUUGUGAAGCCAAUGAAACACGUCAUUGACAACCAACUUAAGCUUAGGAAGAAGAUUGAAGGUAACGUGGACAAGACUACGCGGACCCUCACAGAAUGGCGGACGGCGGAAGCCAAGUCCAAGAAACAGUCACACGCGGCAGCACGGGAGAACGAGAAACUACAAGACGCCACCCUCGAGAUUAGGGGUAUAUCUCGUAGUUCGAGUGUAGGACACAUCCCACACGCACAUUCUAUUUUGAGUGCGGCUCGCGCCGAGCGGCUCAACAACGCUACGAGCGAGCGAGACGCCGCCAAGCUCAAGGUCAAGAAGAGGAAGACAGAAGAUGCUGUUAAGAAGACUGAAGUCGAGUAUUACAAUGUCUGCGUGCAAGCUGAACGCGCCAGGUUAGAAUGGGAGUCAAGCGUGGUGAAAGGCGCAGGGAUGUUGGAAUCUCUCGAGGAGGAGAGGUUAGCCCAGCUGAAGACAUGCGCCGACUGUUACCUGCAGCUGACUGCAGCCGUGCCGCCCCAGCUGGCUGAGACGACAAACCUACUAGUGGGCCCGAUAAAGAAUGCAAAUGCGAACAUGGACAUGCGUGUGGUUAGAGGAGUGCGCUCAGUACCCGCGGGCGCCAGUGAACAACUGCUACCAGACUUCUACUGCGAACACACUACCCUCGCCAUGAACAGGGAGCGGCGUAAACAGGCACUACUAAAGAUACUUCAAUUAGUAAAACAAGAUAUCGACAGAGAGCGCAAAUCUAAACAAGGACUCGAGAAACUAUCUAUGGCGAUAAAACAGACGCCGACGUUCGGCACCGACGACUCACAACAAAACGUAGCGGAUAAACUGUAUCAUAUGAGAUCAAUGCUAACUUACUUAGAGGCAGUAAGGUACAAAAUCACAUCAAGUUUGAACGAGUUAGACAGCAGGCCCACACCACAACACCCUCUCGCGAGUCACAUACAAAUAAUUAGAGACAAACAAGGACAACAACACAGCAUACUUAAAGUACCGCCGUGGCUGCAAGCGGAUUACCAAAGCGAAGUAAACAAGAACCUUCAGCCAAACUAUACAGCGCUAACCAAAAGCGUGAACGGUGGAGGGGAGGAGAGAGAAAGACGGGAUUCCAUCAUGAGCAGGGCAUCAAGCAAGCUGCGCAUCGAGCACCUGUCGUUUAGGAGGAACACGGAGCAUAAGAGUGCGCCGGCGACCCCCGUGUGUUCGGAACUGCCGACGCCGCCGAUCAAGACGCCCACUCCUGAGGUACUGCCGCCUCCAGAGAGUCCGCUGGACUGGAGCGAGCGCGGCGCCGGAGACGGACUGUCCAAUCAACAAGACAGCGACUUCGAUGAAUUCUCCUCACAAAGUGAUAGUUCGACAGACCUGACGGAUAUGAUGAAGAAUGAGAAUGGCGAGGUUCCAGCGCCGGCGCAGUCCAUAGGAAAAUGUCGAGCCCUGUACACGUAUGAGGCGCGGCUUAACGACGAGCUCACACUGUCUCCAGGGGACAUAAUCAACAUCCACGAGAAACAAGACGACGGGUGGUGGUCGGGGGACCUCAACGGGUCUUUCGGUAUCUUCCCCUCGUCGUACGUUGAAGAGAUCACCACAUGUAUAUGACGGCACGACUUAAAAAGCUGUACUUAUUUCUCUUGCUAGUAAUGUAACAUGGCAAACCCUACUACCAUACUAUAACUUAAUUUUCAUUAUUGUACCUAAAUGUACUUUGUUGGAUGACUCAAGCAAUGAUGGACUUUCCAAUCGAUGUUCCCCUACCACACGAUAGAUGGCGUUGUUGACUUUAACGUGAUAAUUACCUAUUUUCUCAUUGCUGGGGUACAGAAUUAUCCAAAAAUAUAUGCCAGAAGCAUAUAUAAAACUAAUUAAUUGUUGCUUGAUAUUUGGAUCACAUUAUGUAUAGAAUGAAGUCGCUACCUAUAUUGCUUCUCUUUAUUUUAACCAGAAUAAUAAUGGGUAAGUUGUUAUUGCACCUUGGUGUAAUAAAAAGGGUCAUCAUUUAUACCCCAAAACAAAGAUAAAAAUGCAUAUGUCUGUAAUCCAAGAAAUUAGAAGUUUAACGAAAGACGAACGAAAAACUUAACAACGCCAUCUAUCGUGUUUUUGGGGAACGUCGAUUGUUAGGUAAGUCUCUCAUUACUUUGUGAAUUCUCGAAUCGAUCUUGGCGGAAUUUAGUGCUUGGAGAAGACUUAUUACGAUGCGGACGCUUGCAAUAUUUGAGUAAUAAAGCACAACUAUAAAACAAUAUGUGAAAUCUGUAUGGAUCGUGCGUCGACCAUAAUAUAGACUAAAGAUGUACGUAAAUAAGUUAUGAAAGGAGAGGAACGGUAAACUUCGGCCGUCUCGUUAACUAUACAGGGUGUUUGUUAAGCCUAGGUUACACAGUGCGAACUGACCGAGUCAGUUAUUGAGGUGCAGCUACUACGCACGUGUGACCGCGUCAUACGAGUUACUGUCUUAUGCGAGUGGGACAGUUGCUCGCGUUCGAGUUACUUCAACAUUUUUUGUUUUUACUCGCUACUUUUCGCCUACCACACCACUCGCCGCUCGGUCGUCAAUUCGCACGAUUUUGCGAAAUGACAGUAGCUCGUACGCUCGGGCCCACGCCGGGUACAGUGUUUCUUGUUUGGGCGACAUGAUACAAACGAAUUAUACCAGCACACUGGUAUAGUAGCUGUCUUCUGCGACGCCAGCAGUUUGGAUAGUGUGACCGUGCGAGGCGAGUCGAGCUACUUUCAUACGAGUACACAGGCACAGUAGCUGUCUAUUGUCACAUCAGCUGCUCGCACUGUGUAACCUAAUCUUUAGUGACACCCUACACCCUGUAUGUAUUGAUUACUGGCAGUGAAUUAUUGAUAAUUUCGAUCUCAGCAAUCGUUAACUAAUAUUUGAUUCAGAUAUUAUUGAGCCAUUUUAAAAAAUAUUUAUUUCUAACACUAAUGUGUUUUAGUUAGAACUUAUAAAACAUGUUGGUUGCUUAGGCUUCCGAAUAUAAUGGGAUGCCCCUAUGAUAUAUGGAGUAUUAUUUAUUUUUUUGUGAAUAAAGCUGAAAAGCUGCUUAAAUGCAAAGUAGAUAUUAUGGUAAGAUAUAUUUUAGGUGAGAGGAGAAUCCGUAAUCUAAAUGCAAUUAUGGAUGAAAUGCAAGUGAGUCUUGGAAAUUCAAAGAUGUUCACAAAGAUUCACAAUAGUCAUUUAAUUAAGCGUUACAUUCUGUGGAAUCAUAAUCAUGAUGUACUUUCGUCACCGUGUACUUAGACGAAGCAUAGUUUAGGCCCCAUUAAAUGGGACUUAAACAUACCUAGCGAGGCGUGUACCUUCUGAUACACCCCCCUCUGCCAAGUAAACGGGUACUGAUUAAGGGGUCUACCAUCAACUAAUAUUUAAACUAGUUACUCGGGCGUUUGAAUGGCUUUGCCAUAAGAGUAACAUAUUUAUUUUGACAGCCUCUAGUGGAUCGCAACAAAACAUCAUGCUAGACCCCUAGACUGCACCGCAGCAAACUAAGUAUACAAUUAUGGUUCUUCCAAUGUUUAAGGUUGUUUACUUAUUGUAUCUUUUACAUAUUAUAAUAUAGGAAAUUAAUUUAAUUGUACUUAUUGUAGAAAUGUAAAUUAUUAACUAUUAUAAAAUAAAACCAAAGUGUUGUUUAAUAUUCAAUAAAUUGUUUAAAUUCUA